GAUGAUAUUUUAGGUUUGUUUAUUAUCUGCAAGAACCAAGGCUUGAAAUUCCCCUUCUGGGAGUGAUGCUUCCUAAAGAACACAAUAGUGAAGUAGGAGCUGGAAGAAAUGAAUUCUGUCCUGUGCCCUUUGCUGCCUCACUUCUACUCACACAAUUACACCUUGUCAAUCCGUGAAAUAGGGAUUUGGGACACCUCUUUCAUGAGAUUGAAUCUGAUGAAAAAAUACUUAGGACCUGCCGGAAUUUGGAAAUUACUCCUUCCUCGGCACUAUUUAGACACUUCUGAUUGCAAUAAGGUUCUGUUUAAUUGUAGGUCACAAAGAGAGCAGUCUGAAUGUUAAUUUUUAUUUUAAUUUUCACCAAAAUAAUUAUGUACAAGAUUGUAAAAAUAAAAUUAUAUUGAAAGAGUUGUCCCCUGCCCCUAAUUUUUGCUUUCCAAGGUCAACCACUUGGAACCUUGUAACUGCCUUAGCUCUUUUGGGGGUUUGCCUCUGUAUUUUGUUAGUUUUUUAUACCUCAUUGUACUAUAAAAUUCCUACUAUAAAAUCAUAUGCAGUAUUUACAUUUGUAUUAUUUGAAAAUACUUUUCACCACUGAAUCAUGUUGUUUUUUUCUGUUAUAUAACUUUUUUUCCUGAUAUAAUAAUUGACUUUUUCUUUUGAUUAGCUUUCUUUGUAUCUCUCAUUAAUUCCUUACCAUUUUGGUAGAGCAGUUGCCCUCUCAAUGCAGUCAGAAGGGUUUCAUUUUUGUCUGGGAAAUACUUUCCCAGAAAAUAAUUUAGUAACUUUCUGAUAAAGUAUUGUUCAUCUGAAUAUAUUCUUAUUUUACUUCCACAUUUGAUUUAUAGUUUGGAAACCAUUCAAAAGUGCUAUUUUAAUUUUUUUCUUUUCAGUGUUAUUAUUAUUAAGAAUACUAUGCAAUUCUAAUCUAUGUGACCAGUUUCUUUUCUCUGGGAAAUAUUGAGAUUUUUCUUUUAAGCUCUAGAGUCAGAAAUUCAUAAUUAUUUUGGCAUAAGUUCUUUUCCUCCUCUGUUCUAGGUGCUUUCAGUGGACAUUUGGGGGAAAUUACUUGUAUUUUUCCCCUUAGAUAAUAUCUCACUCCCUUUACCCCUCUUUUUUCUCUUUCUACAACUUCUACUAUUUGAAUAUUGGAUAUCCUGGAUUAAACUUAUGUUUUUCUCAUCUUCUUUCUCUAAUUUUAUGGUGUAUCUCCUUCUACUUUCUAGGAGAUGAGUCUUCCAAACCUUUGGAUGGGUUUCUAAUUUAUACUAUCAUAUUUUUAAAUUUUAUUUUCAAGGACUCCUUUGUUUUUUGAAUAUCUCUUUUUGAGGAACAUCUUAUUCUUUCAAGAAGGCAAUAUUUUUUCCCAUCUACAUUUUCUUCAUCUGUCUUUAUUGUCUCUGGCUCCUCCAAGUGUUUUUGUUUGUCUCUGUCUUUACCACUCUAGUGUCCCUCAUAUAUCUUGUUCUUGGUUAUUCAUAUUUAAGAGAGGAAUAACUGCAACAAUAAGGUAAUUAGAAAUUCCAUGUUUGUCCUGAUUAAUGGAGGACUUUUUCAUAGGGUAAGGACUGGUUGUUUUCAGAUGGCUCAGAACUGGGCGUCACCUGUUAAUUAAUUAUCCUAGGCAAGGAUUCUACUUUCUGUUGCUUGGGAAGUUGAAGCUUGGCUACCAGAUGGUAGGAAUAGUAACCUCAUUUUUUAGUAUGCAGUUUUUCUGUUUUAUUGAAUACUCAGUUUUUAGCAUGGCCUUCCUGUCCUCAGUAUGCCUGUUUAGACUUUAGACUCAAUGGACCUUUUUAGUGUGAGAGGCAGGGGAUGUCUUUGUAGGUCUAACUCAUUUUUAUGUACACUUUAAAACAAAGUGUGUAAAUCAUUUGAAAUUUGGGUCAUGCACACCUACAGUUUUAGGUAUAUUGCCUGAAACUUUCUAGAGAUGUACAGCAUGUGUUUAAGCGCUCCCCUGUAGACACUUAUGACUAUAUUUUUCAUUCUCCCACUCAGUCACGGUUGACAUACCUGCUUUCCCACUUUCCACAUUUCUUCAAACUCCGCCUUAUUGUCAGAUCUCCCAGUCUUUUUAACCUUGUUGAAUUGUGCCUUUUCGUUUUUCAUUUUAAAAUCAUUUUAUUGCUAUUUGGUCGGUGUUUAUGAAUAAAUGGACUUUGAAUAAGAGACUAAAUUUUAAGUAUAUAAAUAAAAUCAACAAAUUAUUUUAUUUUAUCUUCUCGGGUAUUUUUGAAGGGAUCAGUUGUUUUCAGGCAAAGAGUUUUUACUGCUCUUUUAUUUUCUAUCUUGUCUAAGGUAAUAUCAAGUAAUAUUCGGCUGUUAUUUACAUUUGUUCCACCAUCUGCCAAAGGUCUUAUUUCUUUGAAGUUCUUAUGUCUCAUGAGCUCAUCAGUAAGGAAAUAGAAACCUUUGUUCACAGUUCACAGCCAUGUUCUAUGGGCAUGACUGGGCAAUUGUUCUAAGGAGAAGAUAUGAAUAUGAAUCUACAGUUUCAGUUUCAAGCAACUUGUCCUCAAACAGUUUCUUGUGUAUGGAAAAUGGCAACCAGACUUCAAGACCUACACAAGAUCCAUCAGAGUGUGUGAAGGAAGUUAAGUCAUUAAUGUGGGUAUAUGUACUGGUAGGAAAUAUUAUACGUGGAAUGGGUGAAACCCCCAUCAUGCCUUUGGGUAUUUCCUAUAUAGAAGAUUUUGCCAAAUCUGAAAACUCUCCUUUGUAUAUUGGGUUUAUAGAAACAGGAGCUAUCAUUGGUCCUUUGAUUGGACUUUUGUUAGCGUCAUUCUGUGCAAACAUUUAUGUAGACACUGGAUCUGUAAACACAGAUACUCUGACCAUAACUCCCACUGAUACUCGUUGGGUUGGUGCAUGGUGGUUUGGCUUUUUGAUCUGUGCAGGAGUGAAUGUCCUCACUGCCAUUCCUUUUUUCUUUUUGCCCAAAACGCUUCCAAAGGAGGGACUAGAGGGUAAUGCUGACAUCAUUAAAAAUGACAAAGAAGAAAAACAGAGAGGAGAGGUCAAGAAGGAAAAGAAUGGAAUCACUAAAGAUUUUUUACCAUUCAUGAAAAGUCUCUCUUGCAAUCCAAUUUACAUGCUUUUCAUACUUAUAAGUGUGUUACAGUUCAAUGCAUUUGCUAGCAUGUUCUCCUUUAUGCCUAAAUAUCUGGAACAACAAUAUGGAAAAUCAACUUCUGAUGCAAUCUUUCUCAUUGGUAUUUAUAACUUACCUCCAAUAUGCAUUGGAUAUAUUGCUGGUGGUUUAAUUAUGAAGAAGUUCAAGAUUACCGUUAAACAAGCUGCCCACAUAGGAUGUUGGUUAUCUGUAAUUGAGUACCUUCUCUAUUUUUUAUGUUUUCUUGCGACUUGUGAUAAUUCUCCAGUUGCUGGCAUAACUACCUCUUAUGCAGGAAUCCAACAAGAUUUAUAUGUGGGAAAUAAAGUCCUUGAUGACUGCAAUAGAGCUUGCAACUGUCCAACUAAAACAUGGGAUCCUGUAUGUGGCGACAAUGAUUUAUCAUAUAUGUCAGCGUGUCUAGCUGGUUGUGAGACAUCCUCUGGAACUGGAUUGAACAUGGUGUUCCAAAAUUGUAGCUGCAUUCGAACAUCAGGAAAUUCAUCUGCAGUUCUUGGGCUUUGUGACAAAGGCCAUGACUGCUCCAUGAUGCUCCAGUACUUUCUAAUCUUGUCGACAAUUAGCAGUUUUAUUUAUUCUUUAGCUGCCAUACCUGGAUAUAUGGUUCUCCUGAGGUGUAUCAAGUCUGAAGAGAAGUCUCUUGGUGUGGGAUUACAUGCAUUUUGCACAAGAAUAUUUGCUGGCAUUCCAGCACCAAUAUAUUUUGGAGCUUUAGUGGACUCUACCUGUUUACAUUGGGGAACUUUGAAAUGUGGUAAGCCAGGGGCAUGCAGAAUAUAUGAUUCAACAAACUUCAGACACAUCUACCUUGGAUUGCCAGCAGCACUAAGAGGAUUAAGUUUUAUUCCUGCCUUUUUGAUCCUUAUUCUUUUGAGAAAGCGUCAUCUACCUGGUGAAAAUGACCUUUCAGGAACUGAGCUUGCAGUGACGAAGAUUACAGAGAAAGAAAAAGAGUGCAAAGAUGUUCAACAAAAUUCCAAGGUUUUGAAUGAUGAAGAAAUGAAAACUAAACUAUAGUGUCCAAUUCUAUCAGCCUUCCCAGAGGUGGAAAACACAGUAUAAAACUUAAUUGUUUAAAAAUCAUUAGAGGUACUGCAGGUAACUUUUCUUAUCUUUAAGAACUUGCUCAUGGUGAAAGUGUUCACUAUAUGUCUGAAGUAUCAGAACAGCACUUGAGAUGUUUUAGGGGAGACAUUUAUGACAACCACUAAACAGGAUUUUAAAGCCACCUUUACUUUUUAUGUUAAAGCAACAAUUUCUCUUUUAACUCAUUCAAAGAAAGGGUCUGUUUUCUACAUCUCCUUUUCCAAAUAGUUCUAAAAUUUUUCUAUUCUAAAAAUCUAUUUAAUGAUAUCAAAUUUGUAUAUUGGGGUUAUUCAGAGACUGAGAUUUUUAUCCUUUCAUGUGAACUUGAAAUAUUUUAUUCACAUUGAUUACUUUCAUGUGAAGUAAACCUACAACUUUUUAGUAUAUUUAGUAAUUGUUCUUUGAUAUUUCUAUUCAUUCCAGAUAUGGAUUUUCAAAGUAGAUUGCUCAUUACUAUGUCAUCUUUUGUUAUCAAUUCUCUUCUUUAUUACUCAUGUCAUAUAUUUGCUCAUUUUGUUGAAAAUACUGACAAACGUAAUCAGGUUAUUAAAAAUUGUGUAGUGAAGAUGGUUGGAAUUUUUUUCAGCAAUUUAAAUCCAACAACUCAAGUCUUUUUAAAAAUAAGUAUCUGAAUGAAAAGAUAGAAGGACAUUAUGAGAAAAUAGCUCUUACAGACCACUUUAGUACCAGAUAUUGUCAAAGGACUAUUUUCCCAGGUUCAGGAGGCUUUUGUAGAUCAAUGUUUGUUAUUGAUUGGAUCCUAAGUUAGAACACAAACAUUAAUUUCCAAAACUUAUCUGGGAGAAUGAUACUUUUGAAAGUAGCUUCUUUUAUGAAACUGAAGUCAAUAAAAUUCAACAUAUCCAUGAAAAACUAAA